CGGUUGUACCUGGUACCUACCGCACCAUUCGCAAACCCUGCGGUAGCAAUACGCCACGGAAGUAACUAGCACCUAGGCCAACACCUCUAGCUACGCUGACCAGCAAAGUAGCCAGCCAAGUAGCGAGCCAAGUGGGCAGCCUGGAGAGUACAAAGGCACCCUCCUCCCGGCCCACCACUAGAUGCACAAGAAAACCCGGCUCUGACUCCGGAAACAUGAGCCAAUCUCUGUUGGUCACUUGGUGCGAGUCCGAGUCCACUUGCACGCUUUUUCUUUGGAGUAGACUGACUACGCAGUACGUACUCGGGUAUUUCUCCGGGUCGAGAUCGCGUGGACCGAUCGAUGCAUGCAUGCUGCCAAGAGGAAGAGGGUCUCUUUGCAGUGCUAUUUCCAUCUCCCCCGUGCAAGGAUUACGGCGUGGCGUCCCUUGCUUGGGUUUUGGUGCUUCGCGAGGAAGGUACUGUGCGGCUCGCUUUUUCCAGGUUGUGAAAAUUAUCAGCGGGUUGGAGUUGGGAUCUGGGAGGGAGGAUGAUGAGGGAAAGCUUGGUCGGGAGGAGGAUGCUCAGCUACUGAGUGAGGUACAGUAUAGUACUAAAUUAGCUAAGAUACAGUGGUGGUGGUGCUGUGUGUCUACACUGUGGAUAUACAGUACAACCAGUGUACAUGGUUGGUGGCCGAGGUGGAGUCGAGCUACGGCUGUGGAUGCGGCGCUGGCUGGCGCUGGAGCUGGAGCUUAGAUGCCAGUGCCACUACUUACCAAACUGGAGUCUCAUACUAAUUCAUCAAUGUCAAUUCAGUGCACUCCGUCGUUCGGAGCCGUCCGCCACGGAAGGUGGGAAUUCGAAUUUCCACGCAACCGGAGAUUGAGGGCUGGACUUACAUUUGAAG